AUCUAACACUCUUCAGUCGUAUUUCGAUCGCGAAAAGUGGAUGUUUGCUAGCUGAAAGUGGGAACCCAUCGACGGUUAUUGUUGGUGGCUCGUGGAAACGUUGUAUGGUGCAUUUGUGUAAUAUUUGACUACACUGUGUUCGGCGGUGAUAAGAGCCGGUUUUGUUAUUACUUUGAAGUGGCAAUUGAAUGGGACGGGUGAUCGCAUUCGGUAGUGAUUGUGGAGUACCCAAGAUCUUGACUUGGUUUGUGCAACGAAGAAGCAACUGACUUCACUAACUGUCUGCGGUACCUUGUGGGUUUGACUGGGCAAUGGGCAUGGUCUUGUUGUGAAGAAAAUGAUAGAACAAACGGCUGGGAAGUUGAUUGAAACUGAUAAUUGAUAAGCAGUGUUUGGUUAUUUGUGUCGUAUUCUUGAUGGACGUAUCACGGAAGAGCUAGAAGAGUGCCACCUUAUUCUGCUAACAGUCAGUGAUUGUCGAUGCAUGUUGAGUAUCUUUGUGGCGUUUCGAAAGGCAAAUCUGGCAGCGGCGAUACAUUUCACCCAUUAAGAUUCAAUUGUGCAAGCCGCGAGCUGUGUGUAUGUAAUAAAAGUUUUUGCAACUCUGUUCAUAGCCAAGCGACAGCAGACGUGUAAAUCGUACUAAUUUGGUUAUUGUUUGUGUACACAGCCGUUGGAUAAGCCGAAAUCGGAGAGUUUGUGAACAUCGCCGUGUCGCUGCUUUGGGGAGUGAUGUGUUUUGUCCAGCAGUGAAUAUAAGUUAGGAAUUGAGCCGAAGGCACUUCCAUGACAAAUACAAAUUUUGGGCCGAAUUGAAAUCAGUUUGUGCAGUGCGGUGUGGUGACCUAUAUUGUGUGACGACAGACGACGGCGCGGCCAGUGUUUUAAAAUAAGAAAAAAGAAGCGACGACACACCUAAAAGGAGCAAAACGAGAAAAAAUCAUACCCGGAGAGGAAGAAAACAAAAAUAAAUUUUAAAAUUCAAAAAGUGAUCAUUGAAGCCCGAGGAAUAACAAUAACCAUCAACAGCAGCAAUAGCGGCAGCAGAAGUGGCAAAGAGAGUGCCGACGGAGCCGAAAAGGUGAAGGAAAGCGUUGGGUCUUAGGGGCCGGUGAAAAAAGCGGCAGGCAAAAAGGAAGUGCCGUGUACCCCACCUUCUACGGGCCUUCUACGGUCGAGAACUGCUAUAUCAUCCUUAGGUCAUCUGGCAGCGGCGCGCUUAUCGGCCGCGCAGUACUGCACCAACGGUUCUCAAGACCGGAUCGAAGUUGUACCGAGGGACGUCAGAAGGUUCUACGCAAGUCAUCCGGUUGCAGCGGGCUCACGUGCCGUCGUAGUCGUCAGGCCAGUCAGCACCGCACGGCAAGCCAGCAAAAGUGUCCGGUGUAACUGCGGGAAGCCCUGGAUCACGACUGCCAAUGUCGAGUGCGAUUAUGCUUUCGCGCUAGUGCUGGUCACUUUCGAUUUUAUCCGCUGACGAAAGGUUACCUCCCAGAUCGUGACGGGUGAAAGAGGAAGAAAUUGAUUGUGGGACUCGUGGCCUGUGGCGGUUGUGUGUUUCCAUCUGUCCGAUCUGUUGCCCAAGAGUUGGCCCAAGUCGAAGAGAGAGUGGAAUAAAUUUAAUGAGUGAAGCCACAGUGAGAGAAAGCAAAAGUGUCUAACCUUGAAAAUGAUAUCUGGUGUCCGGGCAGUGCCUGAACGAAAUAGGAUACAGCGCUGUUGAAGACGGGUGGUUGAGAGUAAGGUCCUAAGAGUGAACAGGGUGAGUGCCCCGAGGCGGCGAUAUCCAGCAGUGAGAAAAACGAGUUAAAAUUGCGACACGACUAAGAAAAAGUGACAAGAUCGUUGAUCGUUCAAUUAUUGUCUGGUAAGCGGAAGAAUACAAAAUUUGUGUGGCAUAACGCAGAAGAGCCAACUCUGAGUACUUGUCUCUUUUGAACGAUCCGUCGGCUGUGGCUGGGAAGAUUGAUAAAUACCGUGUGAUUAUUGCGGUUACUGAACGGUGUGAUAGAGCACAAAGAUUCGUUUCCACGCACCCAGGAAGCGAUUGACAUCGGACACUGCACCAGCAGAGCACAAUCAAACACGCGACUCGGGUUGCUUGAGGUGUUUCUCGUUCUGGAAGCUGGCAAGAGGAAACGAAUGUCGAGGCGCACAAAGUCCUAAAAUGCUUUGAAACAAAAUAAUCGUUUCCGUCAGAUUUGCGAGUGGCAGUAAACCUCUAAGGUGAACAUUAUGCAGGGUAUAUUGCAUUUAAACCAUUGCCUGCUGAAAAUGCAGUGAGUCCUCGUCCGACCGGAACAAUGAAAAAGAGAGCUAAAUUAACAAUGUCCUCCCUGGCGCUUACUCUGCUCUGUUACUGCACCUGUAUGCAGGCUCUGGCGAACGGUUUGCCAAUUACGUCGAAACCCCUGGACAACAGCCCGGACCAUUUGACAUGGGACGUGGGAAUUGGCGGCAAAGCGAAGAAAAAAUCCGACCGAUCCAUCUUCAUCGCACCUCAAAUAGUCGGUUUCAACAACUCGCUCUGCCCACCCAACAGCAAACUGGAUUACGAUGGAAAAUGCAUUCAGGUAGUGCACAUCAAUCCAGCAGAUAUAUUGGUGACCAAACUGCAAAGCAUACUUGGGAAUGGUAAUGGGUCACCGAAUACCGACACGGACACUGACUACGACUAUUACGAUUCGUCGGGACCAUUCCAGGUGAACCUACCACUCAGUAUAGAGUUGCCUGCUGAACAGCCCGCUUCACAACUUCUACCCGAGGACGGGUUCUAUGAUGGUUCUGUGGUAGAGAUACCCUCCAAUAUCAGAGCGGAUGGAUUGAAACAAUCUUCAACAAUGAAGGCUGACACUCAGUCGACAUUUCGAACCGAAUCGAGCAGAGACCCUAUGGAUCAAACCGCGGCAGAAAGUCAUACCGAUAUUUCGUUUCUUGCCUUCGAAAGUUUACCAAAUGGAACGCUUUCGAGUAGAGUCGAAGUGGACAGUAAGAAAGGAACAGUUGUUCAGAAUAUUGUACUAUCCUCUACAUCUGCUGUUCCAACUGCCACGACAGUGGAUAAUGAUGAUGCAGAAACUGUCGAGCUAUCUAGCACUAGCACUGUUACAAGUAGUUUCACUGACAUUGCCUCUACAGCUACUAGCACUGUUGUAGACGAGUUCGGCACAUCAACCACAGAAUCAUUCAUGACCACAACAAUCAAUCCGACGGAUCCGUAUCUAACCAGUGAAAGUUCGAUGGCCUCAACAACUCCAGCUAGUUCCAAUGAUUCCUCGGAUGAGGACAUCGAGACUCUGAAAACAGAACUGGCUGAAGAGUCCUUUCUUCUAGAACCAUCGGGAUCUACCACCACUGAUCUACCUUCAACUGAUAUGUCUGAUUUUGAGGUUGAUCUCAUAACACCAAGUACGGGAUCCACUAUGUCAGUAGAAAGAACCACAACAGAGAGCUCAGAAGGCACGACGCGUGAAACAGCUACUACAAAAGUGGCGAUCCCGGCUUUCCCAACCAGAAGAACUUUUGCAUCGCCCAAACCUGUUCAGAUUGUAACACCUGUGAGAACCAAAUGGUAUAGUCCACCAGGUGCCACCCCACCACCAUUUAUAGUUGCCAGUUACACCCAGCAAGAACGUACCACCAGAGCUACACCAGAAACAACGACCGCUGCUAUUCCGAAACGCUCUACCGAUGCUCCGCUCUUGAUCAUCAACGAUACCGAAGAUGAUAAAAGAAUUCGCGACAAUAUUCAUCGCCAAGAACAGAAAGAUACGCUCCGUGAAACAUUGGACACUAAUAACCGUUUCGUCUACCAUCACUUGCCAGCAUCAAACAUCCCAUUAACAACAUUUCCCACUUUAACAACCACCCCAACUAACAACUAUGUCGAUCAACUGAAGAUAAUCAACGAAAUUGUCGCUGAGAAUAAACAACGACACCAGCAGACUGUGGGCAGCAACUCGAGGAUUCGUUUCCCAACCAGAGACGAAGACCAAAUAGCUGCUGCUUCUAGUAAUAACGGGGCAGUUCGGUUUCCUGGAUCGGUGUCCAAUCGGGUCACUCACCACGUCAAUCGGAUUCCCGAUAUCUUCCCAAAGAAAACUCCAGACAGUACAACUCAGCGACCUCCGUUCUGGUGGCUUCCCUCUGGCUGGGAGGUAGACCAAACCGGUCAAAAGCCGAUGUUGCUACGGUUCUGGUCACGGAUGCCCCUCGUACGGGAUCAGUCUCUGACUACGUCAAGCCUCACCAACACCAACAGUAACUCCAACCGAUGGCGAGCCACGUCGUCUGGGGGCAGCACAGCUCCGUCGUCGGUGUCACCCAGAGGCAACUCCAGGAGCCCCAGCGAGAACUUUUACAAGGAAGUAUCGUCGCAGGACGUCUACAAGGUGAUGAACGCCCGUCAGCUUAACCACAAAAGAUAAAGUCACCAGCGAUAGUCUCGGUCUCUCUUUCUCUCAGCUUUAAGUAUUAUUUAAUUGAAACGAAAAUGUGUAUAGACAAAACAAAAUAACUAGAGGUACAACGAUUCAAGAAGUCAAGGAUCCCCACCAUACCCCCCCUAAGGAAGCACGCACACAAGCCAGGGAAAUGUGAGGAGUGCUAUAUUCACCUUUUUUUAAACGAGUAUUUUAUGUUUAUUUCAUGACAAAUUGCGUUGCAACUGUGAUAUUUUACCCCUUUGUUUGUAAUCCCUUCGAAAGGAGUAUUUUUAGCUCUUAAAAGUAUCUUCUUUUGGCACGAAAAUCAAAACGCCAUUUACUCACUUUCUAUUGUGUUGAUUUUGCUUUAUCAAGUAACUGAUAAAAUGUGGAAAUCGUAUGUUUUUUAGGUGAUUCCUCACAUUUCAGCAUGUUAAACUAUUUCAAUUAGGAGGCCCAUUCUAUCCUUGUUUAUUGUAGUUAUAGCAUUUCCCUUAUACUGUACAUAUCCACUAUCCGUUUCUUCCAGUUUUAAUAUGUUGUAAAGUCUCUCAAAUAAAAAAAAUAUCAAAAAGAAACUGUUAUCAAUUAUGUCUAAAUAAUCUAAUGUUUAGCGCAAAGCCCCAAACAACCACUCAUUAGUGUCCAUGGAAAACAAAUCAAAACGUGAAUAUCGUGACAAAAAAUACCUACAUGUAUGUAUGUGCCAAAAAAGUGAAAAAUUAAUGUUUUAAAUGGAACGCAAGUAGAAAUCAUCACCGUUAUUUAUUAGAUUGCGUGUUUUGCAUGUUUUUAUCAUAUAAAAAUUAUGCAAGAGCUAUCCAAAAAUCCUUCCCUUGUGCACACCCAACGCUACUUGACGAACGAACGGAUCCGCUACCUGUAAAUAUACUUAAGGAAAGCGAAUCUCCUGCAAACAGAUCUAACCGGCAUUAGUACUCGCGGGAAAAUAAAUGUUUUAGUGUGCAUAUUGUUCCCCUGCGAACAUUAGGCAAAUGUUUAAUUUAACUUGACUAGUGUUGAGAAGCUAGAGCACAAAUGUUCACUGUAAUUGCCAAACGUAACAAACUACAAACGCCCGCACAUGGUGCCGAAGUGGAAUCAGCGUAACAAGCCAACACACAAAAUUAUUGCAAUAAUUGCCAAAAGUUUCACUAUGUAUUAUAUAAUAACUAAUUAUUGUAACAUUAGAUUGUACACAAGCAUGUACUUGUACUAGCAACCCUCGACGCGCAACGAUGCAAAUCAUCACAAAUUUAAAGCACUAUCGGAACGAAUGUCGAGCAUGGAAUGAGUUUACUGAAAAAUAAACUAACGAUCGGUAGCUGCCAGUUUCUACGUUGAUCGGAAAACUAUUUGAUGAAUGAAA